AUGCUAGGUCUUUCUCUCGCCCUAGCUGCCUGCGUGGCAGUCACGCAGGCUCUACCAGGCUACCCCGUGGCGCGCGACACCUCAGACACCUGUUCUGGUGUGCAUGCGCGCGUGUCUCCUCCAGCCGGGGCAGUUGUCGUGGACAACAGCGCGAGCCCUCAUCCAGGGUCUCAUGCAACUGUGCAGGCCGGUGUCAAUGCGCUCAACACCACCACGGCCAGCCCCCAGCAGCUUUUCAUCUUCCCCGGCACCUACACCGAGCAGGUCUACAUCCCCCGCUUGAAGUCGAACCUGACCGUGCAGGGAUACACCUGCAAUGCCAAAAGCUAUGAGCACAACAAAGCCACCAUCACGUACAACCUGGCCCUGAUCAACACCACCAGCGACGAUCUGACCGCCACGCUGCGCCAAUGGAACCCCAACACCAAGAUCUACAACCUCAACAUCGUCAACACGUUCGGCCAUAUCCCCAAGAACGGGCAGAACCUGGCGGUCUCUGCCGAGGCUGAUGGCCAGGCUUACUAUGGGUGCCAGCUGAUCGGAUACCAGGACACGCUGCUGGCCGAGACGGGCCGCCAGCUGUACGCCAAAAGCCUCAUCGUCGGCGCGGUGGACUUUAUCUUCGGGCAGAGGGCGCUGACCUGGCUGGAGAGCAUCGACAUCCGCACCAUCGCCAAUGGCUGCAUCACCGCGUCCGGCCGCGACAGCGACUCCAACCCUUCCUGGUACGUGAUCAGCCGGUCCAACGUCUCCGCCAUCAACGACACCAUUCCCGCGGGGAUCAGCUACCUCGGCCGUCCGUGGCGGAACUAUGCUCGUGUCGUCUUCCAGGAGACUUACCUGGGGAAUAACAUCGCUGCCGCUGGCUGGUCCCAGUGGUCCAAGAGCACCCCGAACACGGAUCAUGUCACCUUUGCCGAGUAUGAGAACUACGGACCGGGCUCUGUGUCGCAGGAGGGGCCGCGCGCCAACUACAGCCAGCAGCUGACUGCGCCGGUCUCGAUCCGGUCUAUCCUGGGAGAUAAUUUUGAGGAUGAGUGGUGGGUCGAUGCCGAUUACCUGCAUCCUAGCGACCUCAAGGAUAAGUCCAAGGCCACGUCGACUUCUUCCUCAGCUGCUACCACAGCUACCGCAACUACCACAGCAACCACAGCUACCACAACACCAGCCUCCCCCUGCACCUGCACAUCCUACUCGCAGAUCCCCUCCGCCGUCGCCUCCUGCACAAACAUCGUCCUGUCCAACAUCGCCGUCCCCGACGGCUCCGCCAUCGACCUCUCCGCCCUUCUCCCCGGCACAACCGUCACCUUCGACGGCACCACCACCUUUGGCUUCACCAACUCCUCCUCCUUCAACCCCGUCACCAUCUCCGGCGCCAACAUCACCAUCACCGGCACCCCCGGCGCCAUCAUCGACGGCAACGGCCCCGCCUACUGGGACGGCCAGGGCUCCAACGGCGGCGUCCCCAAACCCGACCACUUCAUCGUCGUCAAGAAAGUCACCAGCCACUCCGCCAUCCGCGGCCUAACCAUCCGCAACUGGCCCACCCACCUCUUCUCCAUCUCCUCCUGCUCGGACCUAGUCUUCGAGGACCUACUGCUCAACAACACCGCCGGCGACGCCCCAAACGCACGCAGCGGCACACUCCCCGCCGCACACAACUCAGACGGCUUCGACGUGUCCUCGUCGAGCAAUAUCAUAAUCCGCCGCAGCACAGUAUACAACCAGGACGACUGCGUCGCCAUCACCAGCGGGAACAACAUGACCGUAUCGGAGAUGGAGUGCCACGGCGGCCACGGACUGAGCAUCGGGUCUGUGGGCGGGAAGAGCAAUAACAACGUGACUAAUAUCUUGUUCACCGACUCAGCAGUCUACGACUCGCAAAACGGCUGCCGCAUCAAAUCCAACUUCAACACCACCGGGUACAUCGCCAACAUCACCUACGCGAACAUCCGCGUCCAAAGCGCCUCCAUCUACGGCAUCGACGUCCAGCAGGAUUACCUCAAUGGUGGUCCGACGGGGAGCCCCUCCAACGGGGUGCUGAUUGAGAACGUGAGCUUCCGGAAUGUCUCUGGCACGGCUGCCUCGGCUGCUACGGACUAUUAUAUUCUCUGUGGCGAGGGGUCGUGUGAGAACUUUACCUUUGAGAAUGUGGAUAUCUCUGGCGGUGGGGUUAGUAGCAGCUGCAAUUAUCCUGCGAGUGGAUGUCCAUAG